AUGGGGGGAGCCAUUUCUAAAAUUGUCUUCCAACCCCCCAGGUACCCUGGGGGCCCCCCUGGGGGCCCCCCGGGGGCCCCCGACCUUAUUGCCUUGAAGACAAAAAGUGGGGAGACUAUUCACGCAAUUCACAUCAAAAGCGGAGGCUCAUUGACCCUUUUGUAUUCCCACGGAAAUGCUGAAGACAUUUUAAUGGCCUUUAGUUUUUUCAAAAGUGUUUCUGCGGCUCUUAAAGUUGACUUGCUGCUUUACGAAUACGUCGGUUACGGCUGCAGCAGCGGGAGUCCCUCGGAAGCUGGGGUUUACGAGUCUGUAGAAGCAGCUUUUCAUUACCUCACAAAAGAGCUGCAAAUUCCCCCCAGCAGCAUCGUCGCCUACGGCAGAUCCCUAGGGUCCGGGCCGAGCGUGCACCUCUGCGCGCGGGAGCGGGUGGGGGGUUUGAUUCUGCAGUCGGCUCUGCUGUCUGUACACCGCGUGGCCCUGCGUCUGAGGUUUUCUCUUCCUUUUGACUUAUUCAAAAACAUAAAUAAAAUAAAAAAAGUCUUUUGUCCAGUCUUUUGCAUCCACGGCACCAACGACGAGGUCGUUCCCAUCUACCACGGCAUCGAGCUGUACAAGAGGGCCCCCUUGACUGUCAGCCCCAUGUGGGUGGAAGGCGCUGGGCAUAACAACUUGGAAAUAGUAGCAGGAGAUUUAUUCUUUCUAGCUUUGUCUCGCUUCCUGCGGCUUGUGCAGCAGCAGCAGCAGCAGCUGUUGCUGCAGCAGCAGCUGCAGCAGCAGCAGCAGCAACAGGAAGAGCAGCAGCAGCCGCCUGCGGCGGUUGUCGCGGCGGCCGAGGGCGCCUGA